CUCUUUCAAUCACACACACUUCCCCCACAUUACAUUACAAACCCUAGAAUUUCAAUUUCCCUCAAAAUCAAUGGCACCAAAGGCAGACAAGAAGCCCGCCGAGAAGAAGCCGGCAGAAGAGAAAGCACCGGCGGAGAAGAAGCCAAAGGCCGGGAAGAAACUGCCGAAAGAAGCCGGAGCCGCCUCUGCAGAUAAGAAGAAGAAGAGAACGAAGAAGAGCGUGGAGACGUACAAGAUCUACAUCUUCAAGGUGUUGAAGCAGGUGCACCCUGACAUCGGAAUCUCCAGCAAAGCCAUGGGAAUCAUGAACAGUUUCAUCAACGAUAUCUUCGAGAAACUCGCUCAGGAGAGUUCCAGACUCGCACGUUACAACAAGAAGCCCACCAUCACGUCUCGGGAGAUCCAGACUGCUGUGAGGCUUGUUCUUCCAGGUGAAUUGGCCAAACAUGCUGUUUCUGAAGGCACAAAGGCGGUUACGAAAUUUACUAGCUCUUAGGAUUUCAAAAUGUUAGAUGUUUUAUGACUCAAUAGUUUUAAUCUAUAUUUGAUUGAAUCUGUUUGUCCAGAUUGCAAAGUUUAUGAAAUAUGUUUGUUAUGCAAUAUAAUCUGCCAGUGAUACAUAGUUUGUAACCAUUGCUUCUGAUGGCCUUAUAUGUUAAGUCUUAAUCAUCAAAUUUAUAUUGU